GGGGAUGUUACCUGAGUAAUAGAGAGAGACUCAUUGGUUUUAGGGGAUGCCCCACAUACAAACUUGUAAAUGUAUAUUUACAAGUGUUAGAGAGUCCUUAAAAAAAUAGUGUAAAUAGACUCUGAAGUUAUUGGGGGUGGUGGUGUGUAAAUACAGAGUUGGGAAUUAGAGAAGUCUCCCCUCAGAGUUUGCAAAUAGACACUUAGGUUCUGGAAGAGUCCCUAAAGGGGGCAUAUGAAGAGAUGCUUAAGCACUGAGGAAACUCCCCCAAAGAAUGCCUAGUUAGAUUCGUAACAUCUGGGAGGUCACUGUAAGAGCCCUGUAAAUAAACACAAAUAGACUGGCUUUAUACAUUUUGGGAGGCUCCCCAGAGGAGCCUGGAAACAUGGGGGGUCCCCAAACUAUGUAGGUGGACUCAUUCUGGGGAGCUCCCCCAUAGAGCUGUUCAAUAGACCCAAAUACUGUGGAAGUUUCCAGAAAAAAAAAAAACAUGCAAAUGGACACUUGCUACAUGAGAAGGGGCUUCUCUUGGCAACCAUGUCUGAGUCUGGCCAUAGUCAGCCUGGGCUCUAUGGGAUAGAGAGGCGGCGACGCUGGAAAGAGCCUGGCCCCGGUGGCCCCCAGAACCUCUCCGGGCCUGGUGGUCGGGAGAGGGACUACAUUGCCCCAUGGGAGAGAGAGAGACGGGAUGGCAGCGAAGAGACCAGCACAGCGGUCAUGCAGAAAACCCCCAUCAUCCUCUCAAAACCUCCAGCAGAGCGGUCUAAGCAGCCGCCACCCCCAACAGCCCCGGCUGCCCCACCUGCCCCAGCCCCUCUCGAGAAGCCUAUCGUCCUCAUGAAACCACGGGAAGAGGGGAAAGGGCCUGCGGCUGCGACAACCACCUCCACCCCCGAGGGCGCUGCCCCAGCACCCCCUGCAGCCCCCGCACCGCCCAAGGGAGAGAAGGAGGGACAGAGACCCACGCAGCCUGUGUACCAGAUCCAGAACCGAGGCAUGGGCACUGCCGCACCCGCAGCCAUGGACCCUGUCGUGGGCCAGGCCAAACUACUGCCCCCAGAACGCAUGAAGCACAGCAUCAAGUUGGUAGAUGACCAGAUGAAUUGGUGUGACAGCGCCAUUGAGUACCUGUUGGAUCAGACCGAUGUGUUGGUGGUUGGUGUCCUGGGCCUUCAGGGGACAGGCAAGUCCAUGGUCAUGUCAUUGUUGUCAGCGAACACUCCUGAGGAGGACCAGAGGGCGUACGUUUUCCGGGCCCAGAGUGCCGAGAUGAAGGAACGAGGGGGCAACCAGACCAGUGGCAUUGACUUCUUUAUUACCCAAGAGCGGAUUGUUUUCCUGGACACACAGCCCAUCCUGAGCCCCUCCAUCUUGGACCACCUUAUCAACAAUGACCGCAAGCUGCCUCCAGAGUACAACCUGCCCCACACCUACGUUGAGAUGCAGUCGCUCCAGAUCGCGGCCUUCCUCUUCACGGUCUGCCACGUGGUGAUCGUUGUCCAGGACUGGUUCACAGACCUCAGUUUAUACAGGUUCCUCCAGACGGCAGAGAUGGUGAAGCCCUCUACCCCAUCCCCCAGCCACGAGUCCAGCACUUCCUCAGGCUCUGACGAAGGCACUGAGUACUACCCCCACCUGGUCUUCCUGCAGAACAAAGCUCGCCGAGAAGACUUCUGUCCUCGAAAGCUGCGCCAGAUGCACCUGAUGAUUGACCAGCUCAUGGCUCACUCCCACUUGCGUUACAAGGGUACUCUGUCCAUGUUACAGUGCAACGUCUUCCCUGGGCUCCCACCUGACUUCCUGGACUCUGAGGUCAAUUUGUUCCUGGUGCCCUUCAUGGACAGCGAAGCAGAGAGUGAAAACCCGCCUCGGGCAGGACCCGGUUCCAGCCCGCUCUUCUCCCUGCUCCCUGGGUACCGUGGCCACCCCAGUUUCCAGUCCCUGGUGAGCAAGCUCCGGAGCCAAGUGAUGUCCAUGGCCCGGCCACAGCUGUCACACACCAUCCUCACGGAGAAGAACUGGUUCCACUACGCUGCCCGGAUCUGGGACGGCGUAAAGAAGUCCUCUGCCCUGGCGGAGUACAGCCGCCUGCUGGCCUGAGGCCGAGGGAGGAACGUCAUGCAGAGAACCCCCCUCUGGGUCCUCACGGAUGGUGAGGGAGCACACGCGUCCUACCCCCCUGGUGGGGUGGAAAGUGGCGGCAGGUCUGAUGGACGAGGGACCACGACAUCCUCGCCCAGAGACGCGAGGCGUCCAGGGCCAGGCCUCCCAUCCUCAACGGAGUGUUGUUCAGGGGCAACUCUGAGAUCCCACCCCCAACCUGGGCCAGGGCGGCCCAUCUCAGUCCCCUGCAGGGACAGGCAGUGGGAGUAGUCUGGUCACGGAGAAUCCCAGGUUCCAUCUUGACCUCCCUCGGCAGGGACAGGAGCAACAGGGUCCCUCCUCCCUGACUCUGAGCCCUUUCCUAUAAGGUGCGGCAGGGUCUGGGGAGCUCUUCGUUGGGGCAGGUCUGGUGGUUCGAAUAAAGAGUCAUGCAAGCCUG